GCCACAUCCGGAGUAAACAAGGGCAUGUGUUGAGUAACCCUCCUUGUGGCGCUUAUUUACCUUCUCCUUACAACUUCUGCAGCUUUUUACUUUUACAUUUUUUUAUCCUCGACCGCGCGUUUGAUGGCGGCCUCUGCGCACGUGUCCCGGGUGCGCGCUCUGUACAAGAGGAUCCUCGUGCUGCACAAGUUCCUGCCGAUCCACCUGCGCGCGCUCGGGGACCAGUACGUAAAAGACGAGUUCAGGCGGCACACGCGCGCGAGCCCCGAGGAGGUCACGAGCUUCAUGAGAGAGUGGCAGAACUACAAGGACACCCUACAGACCCAGAUCUUGGAGUCCGAGGGCCAGCGUCUCGGCUCAGUGAAGUUCGGGGCCGACCUUUCAGAAGAAAACCUCAAGAACUUUCAGGAGGAGCAGAUUGGACAGCUGUACGAACUCAUGCUGGAGUCCACCAAACCCAACCACCAGUUCAACAUCGAGGAGGACACUUUUACCAAAUGACACACGAAAGGAAAUCCUGGAUUUUUCAUAACGUUUUUGGUGCUACAGAAGAAGAACAGUGACGGUGUUAAAGGUGCUUUGUGUAACUUUUCUAGUGGAGUCUCUGGUCUGUUAGAUGCUUUUCUUUGUGGAGAUGUUAUUGCUUUGUCUGGAAUGUUUCACAGUAUGGCAUUAAAUCUUUCUAUCUUCAUGGAGACCAAACCAGACCAAGUUACAGGUCAGAUCUGUAGAGAGGCGACCCCGCUCACAGGCAGAAUGUCUCUUUUUCUUAGUAUUUUUGAGCUAUAAAUUAUCUGUAAUUGAACAAAUAUAAGGUAGAGCUGUUUGAAGGACCCCAACCAAAAAGUUACACAGUGCACCUUUAAGUUCAACAAUGUGAAGUGUGAAAUAUGAGAAUGGUAGAUUAAUAAAUGACAUAAUUUAUAUAUAUUAACAUUUUAUGGCUGGACAAUAUGAUUACGUUUAAAGUGAUACUCAAAUUACAAGUCACUAUGAAGCGUUUCAAUUAAGUUGUAUUAGAAAUGGAGCAAAUCAUUGUCAGUGCUUUUAAAGGUCCUAUAUUACACAAAAUGGAUUCUAAUGAGCUUUAAACCAUUUAUAGUGUUAUAUUUCACACAUGUUUGAGUACCGUAAAUUCCGUACUAUAAGGCUACGUCCACACGACAAUGCUCCAGGAUUUUUUCUUUUAUGGGCUGAAAAAUAUUUACGUCCACACAGGUGUCGGAUCGAUAAAUAUUCACAUCCAGACGGAAUGGAACACUGAGUGAAAACGAUGUAAUACAUUUGUCACACCUGUAUGGGGCGCUGUUAACAAUGAUAAUAAUAUUUAAUAAUGCAGAUCUCAUCACAUCACCUUUUUUUUAACUUUAAGGUCAUUUAGCCGAUUUUAGAUGUAUCCCAGAAAUAUAGCUGUUUCGUUUUGCAAAAGGAUAAAAUUUUUAUUGAUUCGAGAAUUGUGCAAUAAAGUAUCACAAUAUAUCACUGAA